UUAUUAUUUUUUCUUUUUUUAUUAUUAUUUUCUUUCCCAGCCAGACCCGUGUGGCACACAGCGAUGCUGAUGCUGGGUGCAGAGCUGUUUGGCUGGAGCUCCUACUGAUGGGUGAAACAUGUUCCCUCAAGAUCACGCUUCUAUUUUGCUGUUUCAGUCCUGUGCUUAGUAAUAAUUAGUUCUUUUGUUGCCUGAAAGUGGAGCAUUUCCUCUGGAAGGCUCAGGCAAACAUCCCAGCUCCUCAAACAAUAAUGGUAAAUGUUUAAAAGCCAAGGACGUGGAGUUAAUCUUCACUUUUGGGCUGUAACUUUCCAGUGCCAUCACACCCCGCUGGAGACACCUGCAGCUGGUACAGCCGUGGGCUGGGUGCGAUGGCAUCGCCAUGGGCUCUGGUGCUGCUGCCAGUGACCCGGGGCAGCCCAGCUGUGACAUGGUGCCAAUAUCUCUGGUACGGUGCUUCGAGAGCUGCUGGUGAGAAGCACCAGAUGAAACCUGGAUAUGUGUUACAUUCAUCUCUCAUAAUAAAUACCCUGGAAAAUAGGUGAAAGCUGGAUUCCUUUAGCAGGAGUUAAAAUCCUUCUCACAAACCCCUCGUCGGGUUGCGCUGGGAGCUAUGGUGGCAGAUGAAUUUGAUGGACUGGUUGGAAACCUGCCCGAAGUCUCUGCUGUCUGAGCUGCUCAGAUGGAAUCGGGUAUUUUCCUGUCCCAUGGGUCCGUGUGAGGGUUCAAAGAGGAGCCCCAAAAACCCACCAACCCCACCACUCAUUCGGUAUUCCUGUGAUUUCACUAACUUGCUGCCAAGACCUUUUGUCUGUAGGAAACAAGCUCUCAGGAGGGAACACGGGUUGGCAGAGGCUCGUUUAGAGGUGCCCGAGCUGGUAUUCCCCGGAGCUCUGGCCUGACCCUCUCCUGGCGUGUGCCUGGCAACAGCCAUCCCUGUGACAGGCAAGUGGAAAUUUCCUUCCCAUCCCCAGUGUCUUGUGAAAACAUCAUAAAACAUCCAUGGUGUUCUUUACCCUUGAUUACGAGAGGGGGGGAAAAAAAAGACCAACUAUAAAUCCAAAUCCUUAAUUACCCACCACAAACAUGAGCGCUACUGGCGAUUGCUCAAGGAGGUGCGGUGUGGUGUGGUGUGGCAUGGGCGGUGACACUGGUGUCCCCAGCCAGGCUGCAGCCCCACGGCCUCUGCUGUGCCCUGGGUCUGGCUGGCUGGGCUGUGAGCCCCUAUGGGGUGCGGUGGAGGUUUGGGGAGGUUUUAGAUAUGGGGUGAAGUUCACCUUCCAAAGCUGCCAGUAGGCCCCCAGGCACCACCACCAGUGAUCUUUCAUUUGAGAGGAGUGUGAGGGGACACAGAUGGUCAGAGCUGCUGCUCCUGUGCUAGGAGCACUGUGCAGGACCUGGGCUGAGGUUUUGGGAAAUCAGCUUUGCCUGCAGUUCAGGCAGGCUCCUCUGGUAACUCGAGGCGAACUAGUCGCCUCACCGCUUGUCUUGGGUCUGCAGGAAGAGGUUUGGUGAUACGGCUCUCUGCUGAUACCAUCUUUAAGGAUUUAAAGCCUGUGAAGUGUUACUGCAGUAACCCGAAGUAAAACCCAUUUCUGCCGUGCACAAAGGUACCAGUGUCAGCAGUUUUUGAUGGUGUCUGCCCUCCCCGCCGAGCCCUGGACGCUGCUCUGGGCCUGGGCUGGCUGGGGGCUGCAGUUUGCUCGCCCACCCCAGCACGGUUCCCAGGUGCAGCCUCCCCUGGUCCUCCUGCAUCCACCCCUACGCAUUUUGGAGCUCUCAAUUGCACUGUGCUGGGACAGGCUUUGGUUCUCGUCUUAAUUUUCUUACAAAGAGCUACGCCUUGGCCGGGACUGAUUUUUCACAAGGAGUGGUUUUUCCUCCCCAGAGCUACAUGAGCCAUUUCCCAGGUUGCUGCUGGAUCUCUGCGUCCCCAUGCAUGCCAUGUUGUGGUCCUUGGGGCACGUGCUCCCUCUCAGCAGCACGAGCGAGUAAAAGCCACUGGGUGAAACAGCCUACAGGAAAGGAAUCGGGUCCUGAAGUCUUGGCAGAAAACCCAACAACAACAAAAACACAGGGAAAAAAAAAAAAAAAGGCAAGCCUUGAACCAAGGAAGGGCAGUGAUAAGGAGCUUUUAUAUUCCUGGGGGCUGGCCUAUCAGCUUUUAUUGCCCCCAUUUUUUUUCUUUUUUUUUUAACAAUGCAAAUGCGAUCCAUUUUUUAGAGCCUCCCAUCCGCUAUCUCUUCACACGGGUUGAGGGGAGCCUGUGGGUGCUCCUCGAGGGUCCUCAUCCUUGCACUGGAGCCCCUCAGGGACCUGAGCCUCCCGCGUCUGAGGCACCCAGAGCACUCCACUCUGCAGCAUCUCCUCCAUUGUGCCCGUGGCACUGACUGCCACCAGGACUCCGCCAGCUUCAUCCCAGCCCCGCUCAUGUCCACGGCCGAGUGCAGCCAGCCCCGGGAGAAGGAGGUGAUGAUGGACAUGGACAGCAGGUCCCGGCCUUCGCAGCUGCACUGGUUCGAGCGCUACAUCCAGCCCUGUGUGGCCGAGCUGCUGGGCAGCACGCUCUUCAUCUUCAUCGGCUGCCUCUCGGUGGUGGAGGACACGGGGGGCACCGGGAGGCUGCAGCCCGCCCUGGCGCAUGGGCUGGCCCUGGGGCUCAGCAUCGCCAUCCUGGGGGGCAUCAGCGGAGGCCACUUCAACCCGGCUGUGUCCUUGGCUGUGUGGCUGGUUGGCGGGCUGAACAUCGCCAUGCUCAUUCCUUACUGGGUGUCCCAGCUCUGCGGAGGGGUGAUAGGAGCCGGUCUGGCAAAGGUGGUGGCAGCGAGCGAGCGGUACGUGAACACCAGCGGAGGAGCCUUCAGCAGCAUUGCAGCCGACGAGCAGAUCCCCUCUGUCAUCACGGGUGAGAUCGUCAUGACCACUUUCCUGGUGCUGGCGGUCUGCAUGGGCGCUAUCAAUGAGAAGACCAAGACCCCGCUAGCCCCAUUCUGCAUUGGCUUCACGGUCACAGCUGACAUCCUGGCAGGAGGUGGCGUGUCUGGAGCCUGCAUGAACCCUGCCAGAGCCUUCGGGCCAGCUCUGGUUGCCAACUACUGGGACUACCACUGGGUGUACUGGGCAGGGCCCAUGGCCGCUGGCCUGCUUGUCGGAGUGCUGGUGAGCUUUGUCUGACUUUAAAUGUUUGUGGUCUGAGUGGUACCAUGAGGUCCCCUGAUGCUCCACACUGCACAGACCAGACCAGCUUGUCUGAAGCUCUGCUGAUGGAGCCCUGGAGCCAUCACCAGCAGGAGCUCCCUCCCCUGCAAUGGUGCUGCUGGACGGAACCUGGCUGGAGAGGAGUGACCGAGCUGCGGACACGUGAUGUCACGGCUGGACAUGGUAAUGAUGUCGGUGGUAAAGCUGCGGAAGGGCUCCUGGUGUUGAACUCUGCAGGUUGCUGCCCAGCUGUCCUGAGCCCAGAGCUCCCCUUUGCACCUGAUGUGACUAGCAGAGGUGGCGGUGACGCUCUGGCUGCCAUCACCACACUGCGUCCCACGGUGUGCUAACCCAGCUUGGAAGGCAGUGGGAGAUACCCAGCGGUUUGGAUCAAUAGUGAGAAGUAAUGACCGCUUCCUAUCUUAGAGUCGUAGGACAGGAAAGCCACUUAUUGAUCAAAUGGUUUUGGAAACAAGCAGCAAAACCCCCAGGAUUUCACCACUAACUUUGUUUAAGCAACUGUGCAGGGAGGCGGUUUGAUGUGGGCCAUUUCUGGGUACAUGAAACAGAAUUAAUUUGUUCUCCCUAAAAGCCAGCAGACAGGAAUAUGAAAUAUUUAAAUAGCCUAACCAUGUUUGUGACGUGCUCAACCACGCAAGUACCUGACGUGCGACUCAGCUCUCCAUGCAUGCAGGUUUGGAGCACUCAGUUCCUGCAGAUUUUGGCAGGUUUGGUGCCUGUGCCCCUUGCCAGGGCGACUGGAGGGUGUAUCACCAUUGGGCAGUGGACGAUGCAGGUUACUCAUUUGUUCAUCUGCAGCGUGCUUUGCCUUGAAGAAGGAUGGAAGAAACGUUGGUGGGCCUGAAAAACAGCACUGCAUUUCCAUGGGCCCUGAAUUGCAGUAGCUGCAGGUCUGCAUGCUGAGCCAGGAAUGGGCUCGUUCCUUUGGCUCUCCCUGCUACCCUCAGUAUGACCACAUCCUCGCAUUCCAUUGCACUCUUGGGCCCAAAACUCCUGGUGCAGGAGAGCACAGACCAGCUGGGAGCCUGGAAACGGGGCACGAGCUCUGCUUCUGCGGGAAACCGUGUUCUCUGGUGUGUGGGGAGAUGUUGUCCUGCCUGCUCUGCCCUGGGUAGAUGGAGCCCUGUUUAACUACUGUUUUUUACCACAGCUCUGUCUCUUGCUCAUCCCCCCGCACCCCAGGAUGGCCAUGCAGAGGGUCAGCAUAUUUCAGGUCUCUACCAACCCAAUAACCUGUGCUCUGGGAACUGUUAGGGAUAACGUUUCUUUGCUCUUUUUGCCCAGGGUUUCCUCACCCCUGCCCAGGACACCCAGGUGUCUUUGCUCCCUGUGUUUGGAGCUGGGUGGGCAGAGGGGCUCUGCCAGGCUGGGACCCGCGGUGCCCCGGGCAGCACCCCCAUGGUGGGCAGCACUCCCGAUUCUCUCAGUGACAGCCCUAUUUCAUUCCUCUCCAGCACAUCCCCGCAGAUCCAGAGCAGUCAGCUAUUCGGCGUCGGCACUGUCAGGUCAAAACAAGGCUGCUAAAGAAGUUGGGUGGAGGUAAAUGGAAAAAACUGCUUUUCGUAUCUGAGACUGCAGCAAUGGCUCUUCCAGCUCAGCAUCACCACCCGCCCGUGGCUCUGCAGCUCUCCCUGUCACUGUCCUGUCUCUGGCCACCGGCAGUGGUUUCUGGAACACCCAGGCACUAAUGUUUGGGCUGCUUGUUUCACAGGGCGGCUGGCUGUGAGGUUUGCUCUUGCCUCCGGUGGGUGGGUAACCAGGUCUCUCCUCACAUGAAUGCAUCUUUCUUCCUCACUCUGUCCUCCCUGCACAGAGGAUGUGAAACAUGCAAAAACCAUGAAAGCAGAAAGGGAAAAACCAGCAGGGCCGAUGUUGUCCCACUGCGGGGAGGGGGCUACCUGUCACCCCCUCCAAUCCAGUGUCCCCAGUUUCCUUCUAAGAAAGAAGAGAAUGGGGGUGUGAGGGAAUCUGCCUUUCCCUGGAAAUGACAUUUGGAAUGGAAGCUUUUAAAGCUCGUAUCUCCUGGACCCAAAGGAGCAGUGCUGCUGCCCAAGUGGGCAUCCCCAGGCCCUGGGAGACCCCUGGGAUGCCACCAUCCUGCAUGCAGCCUUCUGCUCCUGUGAGCUCCCAGUGUGCUCACAUGUGUCCCCAGAAAGCUUCACCCGAGCUCCACAGAGCUGCAAGGAGGCAUGGGGAGGUGCACGAGAAGAUGCACGGGGACAUGCACAGAGAGAUGCACGGGGAGAUGCACGGUGUAAGAGCCAGAGCUAGACUUGCUGCUCGUGGAGCGAUUUCUGCCUGGCUGCACCCGCAGGGAGGGCACAGCAGGACCCUCUCCUUGCUCCAGGAUCCCCUGUUCCUGCCUUGGCUCUCCCGGCAUGCUGGGGGGCGGUGAUACAGCAUCCGCAAACGGAGGCGAAGGCCACUGGGCACUGCUGAGACACCUUUAUAUUUAAUUAGAGUUUGACUCUUCCUCCACCUGUUUCCUGUGGCGAAUUUAGAUCCCUAAGAAACAAAUGCUGAAAAAAAAGAGAAAAAUCUGUUCUCCAGCUUCUUUGAAUUCUUUAGAGAAAGCCCAUGUGGGCACCAAGGGAGCAGCAUCCCUACAGCAAUGCAGGGCUGGAGGCUGCAGAGCUUGCCAGGAGCUCCCAGUGCUCCCACGCGAGGCGCGAUGGCAGCUCCUGCACCCGUGGAGCCAGAGCUUGCUGAGGAAACAGAGAAUUUACCAUGUCUUUUGGGAUUCUGCCUCUUUGCUGGACUUUGGGGCUGGGUCUCCCCACUCCAGAGCAGGGUGAAGCUGCAGGGCUAGAGCCGGCCGAUGCAACACACCGGGUUGUGUGUUGCAGCAGCUUUCUGACCCAAACCCGUGCCAUUUGUUAGUUGUGGUUCAGGUUCUUUUGUUGGAAAGGGCUUGUGUUUCUUGUCUCCUGCAGCUGCUACCCCGCAGGCUCCCAUUGGGCUCUGCUCUGCUGUGCGCUCGGCAGCUGCUGGGGGAGGAUGAGGUCCCUUCCUCAGGAUGUGAAUCACGUCUCUAUGGGAGCUGCUCCUGCACUCGCUAUCUCUGCGUCUCCCGGACUGAGGGGCUGCUCUCCCAGCCCUGGCAGGGUAAAGCAAACUGGAUUUGCAGCGCUGUGCUGCAGGGACAUGUCCUGCAGCUGCAGACAGGGAAAGGAGCCCCCAUUUGCCCUUAUCACUCAUUGGGUUUCAGUGCCCUGCUCUGUCUGAUGGCAGGAGCAGAUGGAGGGGAAAAUAUGAUACAAAACCUGCACUUUUAUGGAAUGAAUUGGGCUGAUUUCCCCUCAGCUCUGCACACUAUGCUCCCCUGAGAAUGCUGGUUCAGAGUUGGUUGUUUGUCAGUCCUCUCAUCACACCUGUGGGGACUUUACUUGCAUUAAUAAAUACAACAGUUUCCUUAGAGGAAGGAGCUGCUGGGAUGUUCAGCCUGACAUUUCAAAGUGCUGAGGGGAUCUAAAUACCCAGCUCCCAUGAAAAUCAGCAUGGUCUUGAAAAUCCUGCCUUUAAUACGAGAUGACUCUCAGUGUGCUAAAUAAUGAAAACAGUAAAAUAAGGAAAAAAGAAAACAACCUCCUGAGAGCAGGAACUGUACCUGGCUUUUGUACUUCUUGGCCCAGCAGAGUGAAGAAAGCUUGUGCAUGAAUACCACUAUGAUUCUUAAUACUUACAGGGGGAAAUUAAAGACAUAUUCUCAGUGGCUUCUGCUGCUGCUGGGUUUCAUAUGCAGAAGCUAUGCGGGCUGCAUUUGGAAAAUGGGUACAUACAGUAAAAGAAUAACAAAGAAGAAACAGGCAAAGCCCAGAGUUUACAAUUAAAAUGAGAAGAAUUCAGCCUAGCAUGGCUACAUGUAAAGUGCAGCAUGCACUUAGGGUAAUACACCACUUUCCUUCGCGAAAGUACACAGGAAAGGAAUCAAAAUGACCCGUUAUUAUUUUCAUUAUUACUCUCAUUCCUUCGCAUGCAGAAGGAGUUAUUUCCGUUGCGCAGAUUUCUAUGGGCAAAGCAGCAGUGAAUAGGGGCUCACCCCCGGGCAGAAGCCACCCCGCAGCAUGGGCUGGCACAGGGAUGGGGACGGUGACGGGGGAACACGCACCCCGGCCCCCGCUCUCCCCACACACAGUGGGGGCCUCGGGAAGGUUCCCCUUCAUUUCCUCACCACACAAGCACAGCACGAGGAGGGAUGCCUGCAAUUUAUUUCUCCUUCUUAGCAUUAAAAUCCCAUGGUGCGGGGUGUUAGUAACAAGCCUGUCUGUUUAUGGAAAGCCGACAGCAGCAGGACAGGUCAGCUAUGCUUUAUUAUUGUAAUGAACCUUCUAAAGCAGCUGUAUAAUAACAGCUCUGGGCCUAUUUCUGGUAAGUCUCCUGGGCGUUUAAUUCCAUAGAGCUGGAGGGGCAUUCUUUAGAGAAAGAGCUCGUAGGAUGGAGGGCUGGAUCACAGCAGAGCCAGGAUGGUCUCGGGACACAGAAGGAAAAUGAUCACAUGGCUUCAGAGCCAGAAUUAAAUCCUACAGUUGAGAUUUUUGAAAGACUUGUUGUUCACAGGAAUAUUUUCAUGAUAGUGUUUCAAUUAAAGUUGUCUCCUGUUUUGCUUUGCAUUUUCAUCUCCACAGCUCCCAGGCCAGGCAUGAUGCAGCACUGGGCUGGCAAAGGGAGACCUGGAUGUCGGAGGAGGAAUCUGACAGAUCCGAUUUUCAGCGUCCAUGAAUGCCAGCAGGCAGCAAGAAAGCUGAAUGGCAAAUGUGGUUUGAAAACUCCUCCGUGCUUGUCAGCUGAGGUGUUUCCACUGAACUGGGUAAAAAAAAGGUCAUUAUUGGAACUGUAAGUUUAAAAAAAGCCCAACAUUCUGAGAGGACCUCUGAGCUGGUUGGCUUUGCAUCCCCUGUGCCGGUGUGUGAGCCCUGUCCUGCCGCAGGACAGUGGCCCUGCCCGGGCUGCUGGUGGUCAUGCUCCCGCUGCCGUGAGUCCUGUCAGCCCCUGCCCUAGCUGGCAUUCCAGCCUGGAUCCCUCUGAGUUACUGCUGCUGCUGACCUGUGCUGUGCAGAAAACUGGGGUGGAGCAAAAUAAUUUUGGCCUUAACAUUGGGAAGCCUCAGACUCCUCAGGUAGUUUGGGAAAAAACAUCAUUCCCAGUGCCAGCCCUGCAGUGGGCAUUUUCUGUUCAGUGCAGGUGCCCUCCUGACUGACCUGAAGACAGGAUUGCCCUGGCGGGUUUUUUUGUUUGUUUGUGGGUUUUUUUUCCUGUUUUUCUUUUUUUUUUUUUUCUUUUUUUUUUUAACUGCUAUUAUUACCACGAUUAUUAUCAGUUACUCACCUCCCACUGACUCCUCAUCCCCCCACCCCGCCUGCCCGGACAGCAGUGACAAGAGGAGACGACGGUGUCGCUGCCCUAGCGUCGGCCUGGGGCGAGCGGGGCUCCCGGUGGUGCUGGCGUGGGGGCCGCUGCCCGCACUCCUGCCCGCACUCCUGCCCGCACUCCUGCCCGCACUCCUGCCCGCACUCCUGCCCGCACUCCUGCCCGCACUCCUGCCCGCACUGUCGCUGGUCCCCUCGCUCCUCCCCGCCGGGGCAGCCUCGGCGCGGGGAUGCAGGUGCUGUAUGCAAAUGACACGCGUGGGUGGGGCAUCUCUCGGCCCCGCCCCCCGCCAGGCGCUAUGC